AUGGAUUUUGCCACACAAGUCGAGAACCUCCGCCAAAGAGUUCGCUCAGGGCCUGCGAGACGAAGUCGUCGACGUCUACGUAAAGCUGAGAUCGAUCAUUUCCCAGCUCUAGUGGGAGCUAACAAGACGGACACUCCCGUGUUCUUCGCCGAGUGCGCAUCCGCCGCCCCCACGCCCACGCUGCAGUCGCUUACGUACAAGAAGAACUACACCAACUACUGCGAGGCAGUGGAGUGUGGUAUCGAGCUCACUCAGGCUGUUGCCGAUGUGCAGGCAUUAGUACCACGACGCAUAGCCCCAGCGUUUGUCCCUACGUCCAGGCAUACGUUCAUGAACAAGCACGUGGCAGCUGGAUCAAAACGUACACGUGCAGAGAGGAAGACUCGUGGCGAGGGUAUGCACAUACCUUGUCUUAAGCGUAAAGUACCUCAGAUGCUGUCUCACGCACACAUCGCCAAGCGUGUGGCGGGUGUGUCAGAGUCAAAGGCUGUGGCUAAGAACACGACCGAUGGGAAGGGAAAGCGAGCGACGUGCUUUGGCGGUCGACCUAUUCACCACAAGUCUCUGGCCAAUCAGCAACUGCAUGACCGCAUCCGCAGACUUAAGGGUGUACGAAGCAAUGCGUACAGUCUGGGACGAAGCAAACUGGACCGUUUCUUGCGAACUGCGCGCAGACACCAAUACAUGGCUACUAUGAGCAUGGAGCCAGUCUGGAAAACUCUGGCUCUCACAUGGGCCUAUGAUCAGCAACGAUCAACACCCACCACGGCAUCGUGCGCAUCCGAUGCAACUCACACACCCAUCAACGGGGUGGCCUUCACAUCCAGACCGGAUAUGUUCUGUUAA